AUGGUCGCUCACACCACUAUAUUCACCGCAAUCAUGGGCUUCAGCCUCUUCGCGGUACCAGGAGUCGCUGCUCCAGCAGCCCUCGUUGCACCUGCUGCUGUUGCUGCUGCUGCUGCAGCUGGCAAGCGGCUCGGCGGCAUCGACAUGAAUCGGGCGUGUAAGGAUCAGUACAAUCUGUACUAUGACGAAGUCAAGGCCUCCCGGGUAGGAAAUACAUGCAACGACUGGCGUUGUGUUGCUGGGUUUCCCGGCUCUUCCAGCGUGGACACUCCUUAUGCAUGCCUGAGGCAGUAUGGUCCUGGUACUUAUGCUUGGUGUUCCGGUGGGUGGGAUAAGUGGUCUUGCUAUAGGGCAUGA